UGGCAGAGCUGCUUGUCUGGGGCUGUGCCAAAGCCCAUUGUGAUCAAACCUAGACGAGAUCACACUCUGCCUCCGUUGCGCCGAAGAAUUGAGGAGACAAGAUUGAUGCUUCGCCAACCACCAUGCUUUUCCGCAAGCUCGCAUCGCGUUUUGACAAAUGGGACGUUUUAGUCGCUGCUAUUGCCGUGUUCCAUAUUUAUAUGGCCCCUUAUACAAAAGUGGAAGAAAGUUUCAAUACUCAGGCUAUGCAUGACUUCUUGUUUCAUCGGCAUCAUCUUGAAAAGUACGACCAUUUUGAGUUCCCAGGAGUAGUGCCUCGCACAUUUCUCGGGGCACUAAUGAUAGCAGUGAUAUCAGCUCCUGUGGUUUUGGUCCUUAAUCUUCUGCAUCUACCAAAGCUUUAUGCCCUUUACACCGUACGUUUGGUUCUUGGAGCAACAGUACUUGGUUCCCUAUCAGCUCUGCGUGCGCAGGUUAAAAGGGAAUUCGGCAACGAAGUAUCUACGACUUUUGCUAUAAUAACGGCGACACAGUUUCAUCUUCUAUUUUAUGCAUCUCGGCCUCUUCCAAACGUGUUCGCUCUAGUUCUUGUUAACCUGGCAUUCACUUCUUGGAUGCGAGGGCGGCCUGUAAACACCUUGAGAUUCUUGGUUUUCACGACACUUGUUUUCCGCUGUGAUGCCAUUUUGCUUCUCGCCCCCGUUGGAUUGACACUUUUGUGGCUUGGAUCCGUUACCUUCUGGGGUGCGUUCAGAUCUUGUGCAAUUACAGCCGUGUUAAGCAUAGCGGUGACAUGUGGAUUGGACUCAGUGGUGUGGCGGCAGUGGAUUUGGCCCGAAUUUCAAGUCCUGUGGUUUAAUUCUGUGUUAAAUCGUAGCACAGAAUGGGGGGUGUCGCCCGUACACUGGUAUUUUACUUCAGCGCUACCACGAGCAAUGUUAGCUGCAAUGCCGUUAUCUUUGGCUGGCUUAUUCUUAGAAAGAAGAGUUGCACAAUAUGUGCUUCCUAUACUAAGCUUUAUAAUGAUGUACUCUAAGCUUCCUCACAAGGAGCUUCGAUUUAUUCUCUUUGCAGUGCCGAUGCUGAAUGUUGCUGCAGCGUCUACUGUUGCUCGAAUAUACAAUAACAGGCGGAAGCCUAUGUGGACUCUUGCCUAUGGAUCAUGUUUUUUACUGUUAGUGCUAAGUGUUGGUGCUUCCUUGAUAAUGUCGUCUGCUUCGUAUGCUAAUUACCCUGGAGGUCAUGCUCUUGAGCUUCUUCACAACAAAGACCUGACUACCUCACCAAAGACGGUGCACAUUGACGUGUUGCCGGCAAUGACUGGUGUCUCACGGUUUUUGGAGCGAGACUUCCCUUGGAGUUAUUCCAAGAAAGAAGACCUCUCAGAGCACGACCUUAAGAAUGGGAACUUUACGUAUUUGCUGAGUGCUAAAUCCGAGGUAUUUGGUUAUAACAGAUUGGCAGCUAUUCCAGGUUUUGCUGGCGUACGGCUUCAAAAAUCUAUCGUCUCUCCCAUUCACUUGAUCUUGGCACCACAGGUUUACAUUCACGGCCAACAAAAUUGUGAAACAGUUGCCCCAAUGAGGUGGCCUGAUUGCAGCGAUACAAGUCCUGUUUAAGUCGCCGUAUUGCGUCUUAUUUUACAGAACUGCUAAGAUUCAAAGCAUUCCUGUUUGUCUGGAAAGAGCUGAGAGUACACCUAGUCAAAAACUUGUUCAGCUUGAACUUUGUGUACAUUAUAAUAUACCCGACCGACCUAAGGUGUUAAAGUUAAA